UUACGCAAAGAAUGUCAACAUAUUACAUAACUAAUACAAGUCACAUGCUUCCAUUGGUUCCAUAUCAUUUUUAGUUCUAAAUUACUAUCUUAUUUUUUAUAUGCAAUAUGUUUAAGUUUCGUCAUGCAGUAAAUUUAACAACAUAUUGUAAAGAUGCAACAGAAAGUUAACAGGAUAUUAGCAAUUCAAAGAUGUAACAGUAGUUUAAAAAAAGAGAUGUAACAGCUAGCUAUUUGAUUGGUAAAACAUUCGUUAGUUUUCGAAAGGAUAGGACAAAGUUUAUAAGAAUCUAAAAAGUAUUGAAUCGAAAUAAUAUUUUUCAAACCAUACUUAUGUUUAUUAAACAGGAAAUCCCUAAAACCGAAACAAAAAUGGUAAACCCUUACUCUAAUAAUAAGACAAUAAUUAAAAUGAAAUAAAAUAAAAAGACAAAGAAAAGCCCUGGCAACACCAAAACACAAGCUAAUGGAAGACUUAAGACAUAAGCUUUUUGCAUCUCAGAAGACGCAAACGCGGUUACUUGGAAUCAUACACCAAGUGUUGUUUCUAACACGCGCAGACAUUUACGCCUAUAUAUAUAGCUCACACAUUAUAUUACACAACCAAAAGAUCAUACUGAAAGCAAACAAGAUAUAUCUUAACACAAAACGUAUAAGGCUCCUGGAAAUAUUUAAGAGAAGACAAUGCUUGAUUGGAUGCAUGGAAACUUUCGGUUAUCCCUCGCUCUAUCUGUUGUGGAGCUUCUGGUAGAUAUGGAUUGCCAAGGAUGUGAAACGAAAGUUCGAAGAGCCAUUUCCAAACUCGAUGGAGUGGAUACGGUAGAGAUAGACGUGGAUCAACAAAAGGUGACGGUCACAGGGUACAUUGAUAGGGAAGAGGUACUUAGAAUCGUAAAACGAACGGGACGAGGGGCAGAGUUCUGGCCAUUCCCGUAUGACGGAUAUUACGGCGACUAUUACACAUAUCCUUCUCAUCAAUAUUUGGAACAAUCGAAUCAGAAAAUAAAUAAUCAUGGAGAAAACAGUAUUUCAUACGGUGGGAACUACAAUUUCUACGAAGAUUCUUCUAUCAACGGUUAUUAUCCUCGUUCACCCCAAAAAGUUGAUGAAAAUGAUAUUCAUCUCUUUAGCGAUGACAAUGUACAUGCUUGUGCUGUCAUGUAAUUUUUCUCUUUUUUUUCUUUGGUCAUUCCUUUAUUCAUUUAUUCAUUUUGUAAUUCUAGAAAACAAAUGUUUUAUAAAAAAAAUUGUUCCCCUAAAAUCUAAGUGUGAUAUAUUCAUAUUUUUUUGACAACGUUAUAUUCAUUUUAUUCUUAUACAUUAAUCACAAGGCCUGUAACAAUUAAAACACAAAAAUAAAUAUCAUUAGGAAUAUUUAAUUGGGCCUAGUAUUAAGUAGUAAUAUAAGUCGCAGCAUGACUUUAGGCCCCAUAUUCUAUUAGUAUAGUAUACGAAUAUGUUAUACAAGCGCGAAUAUGUUAUACAAGCUCAUAUCCAUCUAAUUAAGCUGUGAAAGUGUCACUCUUGCUCUCCAAUUACAGCGGUGCGUUUGAGGUCGACCAUUAUUUUCCUGAAUAGCCUAGCGCGUUUCUCCUCAGUCUCGCCUUAUAGAACGUAGAUAGCGGAAUGUCACUGAUAGAGUUUGCUUAUCGGUUCUCUCCAAGACCACACAACAAACUCAAUCCAAUCAAUGUAAAUCUUUUAUUGAAUUGAAUAAGAACAACGAUGUACACUUUGAUAUAGAAACUCUUAAGAGAUCACGGCCUAACCCGAUCACUCUGACUCAAGAUCACUGGCUUAACCCAGCUGCUCUCACUCAAGUCUCACGACUCAGAAUUCCACAAUCAAAGCUGACUUCUCACAAACGAGGAUUCUGUAUUUUUAUACUUGGUGGCUUAUGCAACGGCAAAGACUCUGGGGCAGCUAGAGUAUCUCUCCAAAUGCUAGCUCAGCAAAUAGAGCUACUGCAAGCUUAUCAGUCAUUCAUCGACAUGGUUUUAGUUUGUUCCCAUCAGCCUUAUGUUUUGAGCAUAUGAACCAUUGUUGUGCCCAAACUUGUCGACUUGUAUGGUCUUGUCGACAUUAUUUUCUUAUAAGCACGGUAAUUUUUUUCAGAAAUAAUUUGAGGAAACGAUAUGUGAUUCAUCACAAAAGCAAAGUCACUCAAGAUGAAGGCGGUAUAACCCAAGGAAGUUCCAAAGAUAUGCUUGCACUCUAGCACUUGCAUUAUAAAGUUUCUUUACACCAUAUAUCCGAUUCCAAGCAAACCUAACACAUAAAAAAUAUUCAUUUAUGUCGUCCUCAUUCGUAUAUUUAGAAGUUCAAAGACAGACCCACAUGAUAUGAUAGAUAAGUGUCUGAAUCUGAUUAAGUCAAAGUAGAUGAUGUUUCUCUCAUAAACCCCUUCUCAGGUGCAACCAACAACCACACUUGUCACCGUUGCGUUAGUCUUCGUUUCUGACUAUAUAAUAUAUUAAUCCCUGAGUCAAUCCAUGGUCCCUCCUUAUAUUUAUCGCCGAGUUAGUAGUAGUGUCUUCCACCGUCCACAUGUUCCUAAAAAAGAUUCGGAUACAAAAUUUAUUGUGCAUAGAUCCAACAAAACGAUAAGUUCAUCCAAAUGUAGCGUUCACAUUGGUAAAUCGUUUCAAGGCAUCCGCAAUGGGAAUCCUUAAUCAUUAGGAAAAAAAUAAUGAAAUAAACAGUGGACCAUACCAAAAGUUAAGGAUUCAAUCUUUAAAAUUCCUAAAUAAAAACUUUUUUUAGUGAAUCUUUACACUAUUUGCGGGUCCCCACGACUACGUGGCGGCCUAUGAAUGGUCAUCUUUUUUUUUUUUAAAUCCAAAAUAUCCAGGAUUAAUCUGAAAUGCCUUUGUUGCUAAAAACUCCAAUGAGUCUCACCGUUCCGCAUGCUCUGAAUUUGAAGUAUGUUUAAAGUUUACGUUAUGUGUUUAAUGGGUAAGUUUAAUCACCACAAGACAUCGGUGUCGUGUAAUAUAGGAAUCAAGUGUUCAAACGGAAGUGACAUUUUACUGUCAAAACUAUGAGCACGACUGAUGAAUGAUGAUGGAUGGAUCUGAUCAAUGCUUCCUCUUUUGUAGCAUUGACGUUGACUCAGCUUUUAAACUGAGCCUGACCCCAAGGUGGUAUUGGAAAAUAAAAAAAAAUUGAAACUUUUAACAAUUUCAGAUUGCUUACGACUUUUCUCAUACUCUAUAGAUUUUUUUUUUUUUUUUGUCAACGAACUUAUUCUCAUACUCUAUAGAUAAAUUACUUAAUUAAUAUAUCAAGAAAUAAAUAGGUCUAUUUUCUUUGAUUUUUUUUUUAUAUUUCACAACUUAAGCCUUUCUGAAUUA